CGGCACCUUCCUAAUUCUGUACCUGGAUCUCUACAUAUCAAAAGUGGGCGUCACUGUAGAUCCACAUCGAGACUCUCCGAGGCAAGAUGGCCACCAGCGAAGUCGGCACUUGCACUUUUCCCGACGGCAUGAGCACAUCACAUAUCUCCGCGUAUAUCCGUGAACCACAUAUCCCCAUAGAUACCCCGCAUGCACUGUGAUUUUGUAGAGAACGAGCCUACUUACAGUUGGAAAGGACCGAACCUUUGAAGACUACUCGACACACACGCCCAGAUAAGCAUUGACCAGCCAUGGCCAACGUCUACCCCCACCCAGAGCCCGAGUUCGUCCACUUUCCCAGUCGACGAUCUGUCGUACACAGCACCAAGGGCAUUGUAUCAUGUACCCAGCCUCUCGCGACUGCUGCUGGAAUCGACAUAUUGAGGAAGGGUGGUAAUGCCGCGGACGCAGCAGUUGCUGUCGCCGCAGCAAUCAAUGUCACCGAGCCUGGGUCCACCGGUAUCGGUGGUGACAUGUUCUGCCUGUUCUACGAUGCCAAGACCAAGAAGGUGUCUGCCAUGAACGGAUCUGGCCGCUCUGGUUCAAACGUCACGUUAGAAAAGAUCAGGAAAGACCUCAACAUCGCAGAUGGAGAAAAUGGCCAAAUUCCAAUGGACAGUGUUCAUGCUGCAACAGUGCCUGGUGCAGCUGCCGGCUGGGUCGACUGUGUCGAGCGCUUUGGCAGUGGGAAAGUGAGCCUCGAGGAGAUCCUUGCCCCUGCGAUUGACCUCGCCGAGAAUGGAUUCCCAGUUUCCGAACUUUCUGCUACGUUUUGGGCGCAAAGUGAAUCUGCCCUCCGGAAAGCGUCACCAAACGGGCAUGAAAUGCUCAAGAAAGACUCAACGGCAAAGGACGGCUGCAGAGCGCCAAAGGCGGGUGAGAUUAUGAAGAACCCAACUAUCGCCAACACAUUCAAGCUUCUAGCGAAGGAAGGCAAAAAGGGAUUCUAUGAGGGCAAGGUAGCCGAGCAGCUUGUGAAGGUUGUGUCUGAUCUUGGUGGAUACAUCACUCUGGACGAUCUGAAGCACCACUCCGAGACCGGAUCUGAGGCUGUAGAUCCCAUCUCGCUGAAGUACACCGGUCAAGGUGUUGGCGAGUUCACAAAUGGCGGCAUCGAGCUCUGGGAGCACCCACCCAAUGGCCAAGGCAUCGUCGCAUUAAUGGCCCUUGGUAUCAUCCAAGAGCUUGAGAAGCAAGGCAAGAUCUCAAAGUGGGGCCUGAAGGACCACAACACCGCACAGCAUCUCCAUGCGACAAUCGAAGCCCUCCGCAUCGCUUUCUCAGACGCCCACUGGUUUGUCACAGACCCAAACGUAGUCAAAGUCCCGUCUGCAGAGCUCAUCUCACAAGAAUAUCUCGCUGAGCGCGCCAACCUCUUCGACCCUAAGAAGGCAGCCGACGCACCGAUCCACGGUUCACCCGCCCACCUCCGCAGCGACACCGUCUACUUCUGCUGCACUGACGCCCACGGUAAUGGCAUCUCCUUCAUCAACAGCAACUAUGGCGGCUUCGGCACUGCCAUCAUCCCCGCCGGCUGCGGCUUCACGCUGCAAAACCGCGGCGCAAACUUCAACCUCGCAAAGGGCCACCCCAAUGAACUCGCCCCCCGCAAGCGGCCCUACCAUACCAUCAUUCCCGGCCUCACCACCUAUGCAGACGGCUCCUUGCACUCCGUCUAUGGCGUCAUGGGCGGCUUCAUGCAGCCCCAGGGUCAUGUCCAGGUCCUGCUCAACCAGGAGGUCUUCAAGCUCAACCCUCAGGCCGCGCUUGAUUCGCCACGCUUCUGCAUCGGCGCGGGCAUGCCCAGUGCGGACGGUAAAAUGACAGAUGCCACAGUUUAUCUUGAGGAGGGCAUCGACCCUGCUGUGGUGGAGGAGCUGCGCGCACUGGGCCAUAAUGUGCAGUUGCUGAGCGGCUACGGGAGGGGCAUGUUCGGCCGCGGCCAGAUUAUCAGGAGGCAUACGGACGAUGGUAUGACGGUGUGGAGCGGCGGCAGCGACCUGCGUGGUGAUGGCGCGGCGGUGCCGUUGUAGACAUGUCCGGUUCGCUUUGCAAAUUCAAUACACCCUGAAUCAGGUUCAUGACCCC